CAUUCCGGAAAACAGGUAAGGGCGUGACGAUCGGUCCACAGAGCAGUAUGUUUAGAUCUAGGACGAGUUAAGAAAUGGCUCUGACUCAAGAAGCGAUUUUAAACACAUUAUUAGAAGGCAGAGGAAAGGUGAAAAACUCCGAGCUGCUGAGCAAGUUCAAAGACCUACUGAACUGCAGUGAUCCGGCUGAGAAGAAGCAGAACCGAGAUCUCUUCAAGACGUUUGUCAACAACGUUGGUGUUGUUAAAGAGCUCCAGGAUACCAAGUAUAUAGUCCUAAAGAAAGUAUACCAUCACCUACUUGAAGCCUCAAACAAUGAGAACGCACAAAGAGAAGAUAAUGAAGGUGGAUCACAGGAAGAUGAGAAGGAACAAAAUGGAGAAGGUAAGAAGAAGUCACUGAGCAGAUCUUCAUCAAAGGCUUCAAACGGCACCGCAGAACUUUCUCCCAUAGAAGUUGCUUUGGAAAGAAGCAAGAAUGUGGACUUUAAACCGAAAAAGUCUUUAAAUUUCAUUGUACCGCUUAAGUCUGAUGACUCUGAUGACAAACAUGGAGCGGCCAAGACUAACAAACCAUUUGCACUUCCAUUACGAAUGCCCCAAACGGACAUCAGCCAGCAUCACAAGAAGAAGCUGUCCACUUCUGACUCUAAGAGAACGUCUAUAGACGGCGUGACCCGCGCUAGAAACUUCAAGACCCCGAAACAAGUGGAAGAGCCAAAGUACAACUCGCACCAUUGCCCGCUUGACACUGCGGAGCACGAGUGGAUGGUGAAGUCCGCGUCUGGACAGUGGAAUCAAGUGUACGGCCUUCUAUUGAAGGACGCUGAGCUCGCAGAGAAGAAAGACUUCAUGUCUGGGUUCACGGCCCUACACUGGGCCGUCAAGUGUGGAAACAUUGACAUGGUCUGUAAGAUUAUUGACGUGUCUAGGAAGAGCGGUCACGGGGUGGACGUCGACGCCAAGUCCAAUGGUGGCUACACGCCACUACACAUCGCCGCCAUCCACAAUCACGACUCUCUAAUUGACCUUCUAGUCCGAAAGUAUUGCGCCAAUGGGAAUCUAAGGGACAACUGCGGAAAGAAACCCUACCACUAUCUGCGCAAAGGGGUUUCGGUACAGCUGAGGGAGCUCCUUGGAGACCCAAAGGCCGUCCAGCAGGAGGUUCAACAGGUCAGGGAGGAGGUUGACCCGCAUAGAUACCCUAAAAGUCGGCUCUUCCCGACUCAUCCGGUGGGGAUCAAGAAAAAGAACAAGGGGAGAAUCCAGUUCAUGUCUUUGGCUGAAGACGUCAGAGCUGAGAGGGACGAGCCGGUGUCGCAUAAACAGAGGCUGGUGUCGGACGUCUUUCCAUAACCAUAUUAAUGUGAAUCAAUCUUUAUCUGAGAUUCCAGAAGAAUUCUGUUCUGAUUUUGACUAUCAAUGAUGACAUGCAAUACUAUUCUAAUCAUUCACCCUUGUGCGACAUUUAUGCCUUUUUCAGUUUUGUUUUUUUUUAUCAUUUUGCCUGUGUUAAUGCCAACUGGAUGGAUUUUGGUACAUGUGUGUAUUUUUAUUGGAAUUUUACUAUUUCACCCUCAUUUCCUUUAAAAAAUCUAUUUUACACUAGUAACACAAAAUAGUUCCUCUCAGGACCUUUUGGACAAAAAUGUCCCCAUUGAAACCCAUUAAAAGUGCAAUGUUUAAUCCCAGGGCCAUUUAACUAUAAAAUGAUGCAGUCUUUGUUAAUAGGCUUUCAUUUUGUUGUCAAGGCUUCAAAAUUUAUUUAUUUUUUACCAGAUGGUGCCAUUUUUUCAGGUUUGGCCUAUAAAGCAAACACUCGCUUUAUUCUUUUUUUUCUGCUUAUGCAUAUUAUGAGUCAAUUAGAUAAAUUAUGCAGCGUUAAUUGUGUGGGUGUGUUGGUGUGGAUGUCAGAGUGUGUUUUGUAUGUGUGCGUAAUAAAAAAAUUAUGUGUGUGCAGGUAAUGUUUGAGAGAGAAAAGAGUUUUGCUGUCAUCUAAUGGGGAAGAUUUGGUACUGCGCCCAAACAAAAUCUUACUGAAAGCUCAUUUUUUGAGAUAUCAACCUGAAAUUUGGAACACAACUUGUUUAGAUUUAUGGCUUUCAUUUUCUAGCAGUUUUAGAGUUCAACAUGUUUAAUAAAAUAUAUAUUUUAUAUAAAAUAUUGUUCAUAAACUUAAACCUCUAUAACUUUUUUUGUUUCACUUUUCAAACUUUUUUCUGCCAAGGUACUUCUUUAAAAUGAGACCAAACUUAAGUCUGUGCUCCCAAACUUCAAAUUUUUUGACAAAGACAUUUUUGUCCUCUAUAAUGCACCUAUGUGUAACUUUUUUAAUUGACGCACAAGGGUUAAAGAAAUUAAUAGUUUUAUUCAGCAAGAACACAUUAAAUUGAUCAAAAGUGACUAUAAAUAAAUGAACUUUUUCUUCAUCACAGUUUCCACAAAAAAUAACUGUUUUCAACAUUAUAUAAUAAUAUUGAUGAUAAAUAAUCAGCAUAUUAGAAUGAUUUCUGAAUGGUCAUGUGACACCAAAGACUGAAAUAAUGACAACUAAUAAUUUAAAAAUAUAUUUAAAUAGAAAAUAUUUCACAAUAUUAUGGCUUUUCUGUAUUUGUGAUUAAAUAAAUGCAGCUUUGAUGAGCAAAAGAGACUUUAUGUAUUCUAUUAUAGUCUAAUAUAAUGUUUUUGUUUUUUUCCUCAAGUCAACAGAUUUAAAUUGAGAAAUUACACAUGAUAUACAUAUGAAAUAUUCGAGCUCUUUGUCUCAGGCAGUGUUACUCACUGGGAGUGGACAAAAUCUCUCUAAUUGUUCUUUUCUGACGGUUUAUGCAUCACAUGUUUGAGGUGUUGGGAAACAUUUUUGAGAAUUAUUUUGUUCUAGAUGUUAAAGGGACAGUUCACCCAAAAAAUUAACAUUUGUCAUCAUUUGCUCACCCUCAUUUUGUUCCAAACCUGUAUGAGUUUCUUUCUCCUGUCGAACACAAAAGAAGAUAUUUUGAAGAAUGUCGGACACCAAACAGUUGAUGGAUCCCAUUGACUUCCAAAAAAAAUUAUAGAAGUAAAUGAGUACCGUCAACUGACUAAUGAUUACCAACAUUCUUCAAAAAUAUCUCAAACUCAAACCGGUUUAGAACAACUUGAGGGCGAGGAAAUGAUGACAUAAUUUUCAUUUUUGCGUGAACCAAGCCUUCAGAACACAUUCAAGUCAUACUUUUUAUCUCAAGUUUAAUGCUGAUCAACAUGCUUAUCUUUAGUCAUCCAUAUCCCAGGAUUCCCACUGUCGUGAAAAACCUGUAAUUAUGAAUUGUAUCUUAUCUUACGACAAAUGCAUUUUCUUAUUCAAAAGCGUCAUUAUUAUGCAAAUAUUAUUAAACAGAACUUAAUCUUGUGCUUGAACUUUGA